GGAUAUUUUUUUUGUUCUUUCUUUCUUCAGCCUUGCCCGGUUCUACUUUUCUUCUUUUCUUCCCCCUACAUCGAACAAGAAGCCCAGCCCCGACGCAACUCCCCUUGAGAAAACUGAGAAAAUUUCCAGAUCUGCUCUGCUUUGUCUUCACCGCCGGCUGCUAUGUGGGUGGGUGAUUUCUAGGCAUUUUUUCGAUUCCCCCGAAUUUUCCUUGCAAUUCCCGUCGGCUCCUCCCCAAUCUGUACUCCGGUUUUGCUUGCUGGAUUUAUGGUUCUUGAUCGUUCUGUCGGUUUAGCACUAGGAUCGAGUCUUCGGUUUUAUGCGAGUGAGGUAAGUAAAUUUAUGGUAAUGCCUGUACAGUUUUUAAAAGCAUGGUUUGACUUGUUUUUGAAGUGGUGGCGGGACUAAACCCGUUUUAUAUAAAAGUAAAUAUGACUACUUUGAAGUGAAAUUUUUAUGCUUUCAUUAAAUUGAGCAUGCAUACUUGAAAUUUAAUUGAUUGUCCUUAUGAUUUGAAAGUGAUUGGUGAAUUAUGAUUUUUCUGUUAACUUCAGCCUAUUUUGUCUCCGAUGUGGUCAUGUUAUUAAUGACCUUGCUAGUGGGGGUUAAAUGCUAGCACAUGUCGACAUAUUAGUGAUAGACCCGGUUCGUACGAGUGACCCUGCUAGUGGGGAUUAUACACUAGCAAAUAGUGUGCCUGCCAGUGGGAGGUUUAUAACACUGGCCAUGACCUAUAGAGGAGACGUCUAUUUCGUUCCCGUAUUGUAUCCGUUUUCAUGAUUGCACUUGUUGGAAAAUAAACUCAGCAGACGUAAUGAUGAAGAUCUUGAAGUUGUGGAAGGAAUAGUCUCAGGUGGAAAACAUCUGGGAGACCGAGUACAUGGUUGGUCGAGAUUCGGGAUUGGCAUUUAAGCAUGAAGAUGCGGCCUCCAUGAUCAACCUCAGCUUGUCUUGGACUCCUGGCGAUGGACUUGGAAACCUCU